AGUCCAGACGGUCUGUGGAGUCGCGGGAGCUACGGCUGCGAGAGUUACCCUUUAUUCUGUGAUAGUUUGAGCUAUUCUGCGUCUCGGGGGCCCUUCUGAAUUUCCUGGACCUACUCUCGGAACCCUCAACGAGCCAGCGAUAGAUUUAGAGGAAAGGAAGAGCCGUCGGAAAGCAAAGGCACGAUUUCACCUUCACUUGAACUGCUUCAUUCAGGACUCUGCAAAUUCCCUGAAGUAGAAGGAAAAAUGACCACAUUCAAAGAGGCAGUGACCUUCAAAGAUGUGGCUGUGGUCUUCACUGAGGAUGAGCUGGGGCUGCUGGACUCUGCCCAGAGGAAGCUGUAUGGAGACGUGAUGCUAGAGAACUUCAGGAACCUGCUCUCAGUAGGGAAUCAACCAUUCCACCAAGAUACUUUCCACUUCUUAAGGAAGGAAAAGUUGUGGAUGAUGAAGACAACAAGCCAAAGAGAAGGGAAUUCAGGAGGGAAGAUCCAAAUUGAGAUGGAGACUGUUCCAGAAGCAGGACCACAUGAAGAGUGGUCCUGUCAGCAAAUAUGGGAACAAAUUGCAAGUGACCUAACCAGGCCUCAAGACUCCAUAAGGAACAGCUCUGAGUUAUUCAUAGAAGGUGAUGUCCUCUGCCAGAUUGAGGCAGGACUAUCUAUAAGUCAUGUGCAACAGAAAUCUUACCAGUGUAAUGAAUGUAAACAGUCCUUCAGUGAUGUUUCUGUCUUUGAUCUUCAUCAACAAUUACACUCAGGAGAGAAGUCUCAUACAUGUGAUGAGUGUGGAAAAAGCUUCUGUUACAUCUCAGCCCUUCGUACUCAUCAAAGAGUCCAUAUGGGAGAAAAACACUAUAAGUGUGAUGUGUGUGGUAAGGAAUUUAAUCAGAGCUCACAUCUUCAAACUCAUCAGAGGGUCCAUACUGGAGAGAAACCAUUCAAAUGUGAGCAGUGUGGGAAAGGCUUCCAUAGUAGAUCAGCACUUAAUGUUCAUUGCAAGUUACACAUAGGAGAGAAGCCUUAUAAUUGUGAGGAAUGUGGGAAAGCCUUCAUUCAUGAUUCACAGCUUCAGGAACAUCAGAGAAUCCAUACUGGGGAGAAGCCAUUCAAAUGUGAUAUAUGUGGUAAGAGCUUCCGUGUUAGAUCAAGACUUAAUAGGCAUUCCAUGGUUCACACAGGAGAAAAACCAUUCAGAUGUGAUACAUGUGGCAAGAACUUUCGUCAGAGAUCAGCACUUAAUAGUCAUUCCAUGGUCCACAUAGGAGAGAAGCCAUACAAAUGUGAGCAGUGUGGAAAAGGCUUCAUUUGUAGGCGAGACUUUUGUAAGCAUCAGAUGGUCCACACAGGAGAGAAACCAUAUAAUUGUAAAGAAUGUGGGAAGACCUUCAGAUGGUCCUCAUGUCUUUUGAACCAUCAGCGAGUCCACAGUGGGCAAAAACCCUUCAAAUGUGAAGAAUGUGGGAAGGGAUUUUAUACAAAUUCACAACGAUCUUCCCAUCAGAGAUCCCACAAUGGAGAAAAGCCAUAUAAGUGUGAGGAGUGUGGUAAGGGCUAUAAAAGGAGGUUGGAUCUUGAGUUUCACCAGAGGGUCCACACGGGUGAGAGACCCUAUAAUUGUAAGGAAUGUGGGAAGAGCUUUGGCUGGGCCUCCUGUCUUUUGAAACAUCGGAGACUCCACAGUGGAGAAAAACCUUUCAAAUGUGAAGAGUGUGGAAAGAGAUUCACUCAGAGUUCACAACUUCAUUCCCAUCAGACAUGCCAUACUGGAGAAAAGUUAUACAAAUGUGAGCAGUGUGAGAAGGGGUACAACAGUAAAUUUAAUCUUGACAUGCACCAGAGGGUCCACAGGGGAGAGCGACCCUAUAAUUGUAAGGAAUGUGGAAAGAGCUUUGGCUGGGCUUCAUGUCUUUUGAAACAUCAGAGACUCCACAGUGGAGAAAAGCCAUUGAAAUGGGAGUGUGUGAAAAGAUCUACUCAGAAUUCACAGCACCAUUUACAUCAGAAAGUCUAUGUGGAAGAAAAGCCAUACAGGUGUGAGAAGUGUGGGAAGGGCUUUGGCUGGGCCUCAACUCAUCUGACCCAUCUUUUCCACAGCAGAGAAAAACCAUUCAAAUGUGAGAACUAUAGAAAGAGCUUUGAACAUAGAUCAUAUCUUAAAGACCAAGAAAAAGUCUACGGUGGAGAUAAUCCAUACAAAUGUGAGGAGUAUGGUAUGUACUACAACAGGCACUUACUUGAUAUGCAUCAGAGGGUCCAUAUUGUAGAGAAACCACAGAAGUUUGGGGAGAUUGCCAUGUGCUUCAGUUAUGCCUCAAGUCUUCAGCUUCAUCAGAGUGUUCACUUUCAAAAGAAACCUUAGUAAUGUGAUGUCUGUGAUAGUCUUCUCAACUACAAGCUCAUCUGAGAGUUAACAAUGGGAGAAACAUUAAAAAUUUGAUACAUGUGGUAAGCACUUCAGUUUGAGUUCGUAUCUCAUAGCUUAUUACAGAAUCCAUGCUGAUGAUACAUUUCAUACAGUCUCAGGAGGGAAAAUAGUUAAAGUCAGUGUUUCAGCCAUAGUUCAGCAUACCCAUGUGGUUUUAGAACCACUGUAGUACAGAACCUUUGUAAGUUAGGGCUUCAUUCAGAAGUUUGGCAAUUAGAGUUAUUCAAGAGACAGGCCUUAGAAAGAACAGGAGUUUGUUCAGGCAUUUACAAAUCUCUAAUGAUGGACAUGUCAAAAUUGAUGUCAGCUAGAAUGUAAACUGUAUGUAUCUUUGCUGCAGAAUCUUCACAACCUUAACACUGAUUGGAACUUUGUAUGUGUGUUUGGUACAUGUAAGAGAUGUAGAAAGAGCUUUAGCUGGGCUUCAUAUCUUAGAAAUGUCAGAGAUGUGAUAUUAAAGGAUCAAAAGGAGAAAACAUAUUUCAAAAUUGUAUCUAAAAGAGGAAACCUGGGAUGGACCAAGAUGGCCAAUUAGAGGCAGCUGUGGUUCAUGGUACUCAUAGAGAGGAAUGAAAAUGACAAGUGAAUUCAGCACCUUCAACUGAAAUAUCUAGGUUAUCUCAUUGGGACUGACUAGGCAAUCAGUUCAGCCCACAGAGAAGGAAGAAAAGCAGGGUGAAGUGCUGGCCCACCCAGUGUGGCAUGGAGCCAAAGGAACCCUCACCCCACCCAAGGGAAGCAGUGAGUGAUUGUGUGACCCCGCCCAGUAAACCAUGUUACUCAAAGAUCCUUGCAACCCACGGGUCAGGAUAUGUCCUUGUGAGCCCAUACCACCAGGGCCUUGGGUUCGAUACACAGAGCUGUGUGGAGUUUUGGCAGAGCAGCCUCUCAGGCACACACAGAAACCCAGGAGGUUUACAUGCUCCAGCCCCAGAAUUCCUGGCAAGAUGGCAGAUUCAUCCUUAUAUUCCUUUAGGAAGGGAGCUGAAUCCAGGGAGUCAGGCAGCAACAUUCUGUGGGCCCCACUUCCAUGGCACCUCACAAAACCCACUGACUUGGAAUUCCAGCCAACCAACAGCAACAGGCUUCGGCCUGAAAUAGGAGGGAGCUUCUGAGGCGAAGACUGGCCACCAUUUCUGUGGUUCAGUCGACUCAGUGUUCUAGCCUGCCACCUGUGGAGAGACCAGGUUGUCUGGACAAGGAGAGGAUCCCCCUGCCCAACACAGCACACCUGCUUUGCCAGAUCAUGCCCAGAC